CGUGGGAGAAGGGAAUCGGAGAUGGAACGCUGAGCUAUGUUAUGGAUGAUGGAGAUGACAUAUACAUGCGCCCCUGGACAGGCACAAUAAUUGGACCUCGUAAUUCUGCUCACGAGGGGCAAAUCUAUCAGCUAAAGUUGUUCUGUGACAAGGACUACCCUGAGAACCCUCCUAGCGUCCGUUUCCACUCUCGAAUAAAUAUGACUUGUGUUAAUGCUGAGACUGGAGUGUUGGAGUCAAAGAAGUCUGGCAUUCUGGCUAAUUGGCAAAGAGAGAAUACGAUGGAGGACAUAUUGACUCAAUUGAAGAAGGAAAUGGCUGCUUCCCAUAAUCGAAAAGAAGGGGCGAAGAUGUUGAGAUGGAAUUUCUCAAAGAAGGCCGUCUAUAGGAGUGAUAUUGUAAAGGUUAAAAGUAGUUCACCAUAA